UUAGUCAUCAUUUUUGUUUGGCAAAUCUGGAGGAUGGACAGCCGUCUUGGAUCUGUGUUGCUGGCAAGUGGAAUUUUUUGGUCGGCGUUUUUGGUGACUGAAGCUAUCCCUCUUCAGUAUCCUCUGAAUUCAGAUGGAAGCUCAGGGGGUGUCUGGUCUGCGUCUCCCCACCUGCCCUUGGUGGUGUCGCUGCUGGUGCUUUUGGCUGUGGUCGUGCUGCUCAUGAACUGUGUAACGUGCUGCAAAGAAAGAGAGAUCAACUUCAAGGAGUUUGAAGAUCACUUUGAUGAUGAAAUCGACUUCACUCCGCCAGCGGAAGACACGCCUUCUAUGCAAUCGCCCGCUGAGGUGUACACCCUCGCCGUCUCUCCUGUCCCCCUGCCCGGACCGCCACACCUGCAACCUCUGGCCAGCAUCACAGAACCAUCUUCAGACUCCCAGGUGGCACGUCACAGCUUGAGUUACAUCCAGGAGAUUGGAAAUGGCUGGUUUGGUCAGGUGCUUCUGAGUGAAAUGUACACAGACCCAGGUGGAGUCAGAGUGGUGGUGAAGGAGUUAAAAGCAAAUGCAAACGCCAAGGAGCAGAACGAUUUCUUGCAACAAGGAGAUCCAUACAGAGUUCUGGAGCAUCCCAACAUCCUCCAGUGUCUGGGGCAGUGCGUCGAGGCCAUUCCCUUCCUGCUUGUUUUUGAAUACUGUGAAAUGGGGGACCUGCGGGCCUAUCUGUCUCAGCAGGAUUGGAUGUUCAGAAACGCUGAGUUGCUGCAGUUGCAGAGGAUGGCUUGUGAAAUCGCUGCUGGUGUCACUCACCUUCACAAACACAACUUCCUGCACAGUGAUUUAGCUUUGAGGAACUGCUACCUGACUGCAGAUCUUACUGUAAAAGUAGGAGACUAUGGAAUCGGACCCUACAGAUACAAAGAGGAUUAUAUCAUCACAGAGGAUGAUACGUUUGCUCCUCUCCGCUGGUUGGCCCCUGAGCUGGUGGGGGAGCGCCAUGGGGGGGUCAUUGCGUUGGAACAGACCAAGCCCAGCAAUGUGUGGGCGUUGGGGGUCACGUUAUGGGAGCUUUUUGAGAACGCCACCCAGCCGUACCCACACCUGUCUGACCGGGAGGUUCUCAAUCAUGUCAUUAAGGAGCAGCAGGUCAAACUGUUUAAACCACAGCUGGAGCUUCCUUAUUCUGACAGAUGGUAUGAGAUCUUGCAGUUCUGCUGGCUGUCACCUGACCGACGGGCCACGGCAGAAGAGGUCCACCGCUUGCUCAUCUAUCUGCGCAUGCAAGGCCAGAAGGACGUAGAGGAGGACUUUGAACAACGCUGGGACGCCCUCAAGCCGAACCCCUCCACCCGCCAAACCACCGUUAGCCAUUCCUCCUUCCCAAUCUUGGACCAGUUCGCCGAUGACGCCCUGCGACACGAGAUCGAUGAAGUCCUCACUGUCACAGAAACCAGCAAAGGUCUUAGUUUCGAGUAUGUUUGGGAGGCCGCCAAACACGACCACUACGACGGCCACCAUGCUUGUUCAGGCAUGGACACCACUCUGAACUAUCACAGCAUGUUCUUUCCCAUCUCCAGGGAAGACAUCCAGGCCCAUUUCCCUGAUCCUUUAGGCAAGGCGAGAGGGGAAGAACAUUCCUCAGGAGUCACCGGGAUUCUACCAGUGUUUGAUGCCCAGAAGUCGUCAAACGGGAACGAAUAUUUCGUCCAACUUGAGGAGCAGGGAGAGAACACGGUUGAGGACGGCAGCAGAGGACAGGACUUGGGCUUUACUUCAGGGCGGCAGGAUUUUGUUGUUCUUCAAGAUGCACGCCUGGACGAGUCCAGCACCGACGCAGACUUCUUCCACCAAAGCAUCGACUCGAAAGAUUCCUACUUACCAGACAGCCACAUCUGGUCGUCUCUGGAAAACGACAGUCCGUACCACCCCAACAUUUUCACAGAGGACGGCUCAAAGCAGGACGAUUCCCCUUCGUGGAGACGGAAUUUCAUGGAGCUGCCUGAGCGGAACGGGAAUCCUUUCGUAGAGAGUUCUAUAGAAGAGGUACAUGCGGAGCAGAGCUACGGGAACCCUUUUUUAGAUGAGCCAUUAGAAGAGGAGAGGACGAGCUCAGAUGAUAGAAAUCCUCUCAAAACCGAAGAAUUGUCUGGAAACUUUGUGUUUCUCAGAGACCACAGGCUGAUGAAAGAGGACUCGGUCAACUCCAGACUGCAUCCCACUUUUCUUUUACCCGGCUUAGUUCACGAACCAGAGGAGACCUUCAAGAUGAGUUCUUGGGAGAACCUUGAGACGUUUGGCAGCUUAAAUACGACCGACUCGUACUCCAAACCUGCACCAAGUAGGCCCGAUUCAAGGCAGGAACUUUUAGACUUUAGUGCAAACUUCACGAUGGAAAACUCAACAUUGGUGCCUUCCAUUACAGUGGUGGCGGAUGACAACACAAGCAGCUACCUGCCCGUUCUAGAAAGUUCUUCCUCUAAAGACCACAGCCUGCCACCGUCCUCCGACAGAGGAGCGGACUCCGGUUUCGAUUCUACCUCAGAGAAGGUCGAGGUCAUCACCGAUGGCCGCUCCUCCGCGUUUUCUGACAGUGCCACCACCGACUCUUUGUGCACGUAUGCCAACAUUGCUAGCCUUGACGAUGACGACCCAACAUCCUUACAAGCCGCGAGGAAGAAAACGCCGGAAUAUUUCCCCAUUUACGGAACAUCCUCGGAAAACGGGCACGGCGAAGACCUAACGAGCAACGAUCUGUUCAGUGAGCUGAUUGAGGACGUGGAGUUGGAAACCACUUUGUCUGAUCAUGACGAGUCUUUCAUGGAAGCUAACGGAGAAUCUGCGAUCCGGUCUUCCCUCCUGGUGUCUGGACCGUCUCUGGACCAGAUCAGUCAGGACAGCUUACUGGAAGACAGCAGCUCCACCACCGUUCCAACCACAGAGCAUCCGGCUGAAACGCCGGACUCCUUAGACUCUCUGGACAUACACCGGCUGGCGGAGCAGGCCGACGAGCUGAGCGCCCAAACGCUUCACCACAAACUCCAUCCUCCAUACAAGAUAUCGGACAGCGGCUACGAGACCGAGAACCUGGAGUCUCCGGAGUGGAACUCCCAGCCGAACGACUGCUCUCCGGUCAAAAACGGCAGCAGCAUCACCAAAGAGGCGGAGGAGCUGGCAUCUGCAGCAAAUUUGGUCCCACCAAAAAUUAUCAUCUCUGAAGUUGAGGGUUUGCUGGAGAGUUGUGGGGAAGACUUCCAUGAGGACCAGCCGACGGAUCGGCCCGCUGAGGAGCCGCUUAUGGGCGGCAGUUACAGAGACUCCGCUUACUUCUCUGACAAUGAAUCAGAACCUGAGAAAAAGUCUGAAGAAGCGGCAGGAGGUUUUACUGACGCCGUUUUGAUGAGGAACUCCCAGGAAGCUUCCAAAGAACGAGAUAUCGAUGCUUUAUUUUCUGAGCAGGACGCCACAGUAGCAGCGGAGACGAUACUCACAGAGCUCGUCAGUAAAAAGGACAGAAACGUCCCUCAGCUUUUUAACGCUACAUCAGCAUCAGAAGAACCUGAAGACCCCGCCGCCUCAUCAGCAAAAGAACCCGAGAGAAGCCUUCACCCCAAACUGACCCGGACGUACGCCAGCGACGUCCACAAGAUCAAAGAGCCAGACAUGGAGGGCCGCUACCUGGGGAGGGGGGAGGAUCUGGACGGGCAGGAAGACGGAGUAGACGCCGACGAAGAAGAUGAGAACAGCGAGGACUCGGACGAUGACCUCCGCGCGUACCAGCUGCGCAGCUCCAGCUCCGACAGCGAGGACGAAGCGCCGCACCCCGUGCCGGUGAUCGUGUCCGACGACAGCAACUCAAAGCACCUGAAGAGUUUAUUGAAACCCACAACGUUGAGCAUACCUCCAUCGACUUUACCGUUUCCAGAGAGGACCAACACAGAGAACUCCAGACGAGCCGUGUCCUUCUUUGAUGAUGUCACCGUCUACCUAUUCGACCAGGAGACUCCCACCAAGGAGCUGAGUGACCACUUGAGCGGCCCAAACAGUCAGACCUCAGAGUUCAACAGUCCAGUUCCAGCUGGCGGCUUCCUGAACCGCUUCGGUAACUCCGAAAGCUCCACGGAUGAGGAGGGUGGAGGUUUUGAGUGGGAUGACGACUUCACCUCCUCGGCGCCCGCUUUCUCUUCCAAGACGAAUAAAGACUCAGCUCCUAAGGCGGUUUUACCGUCAGCCCCCAUGGGCGGGCGCAUGCCGGAGCCCAGCUGGACCAGCUCCUCCGCCUACUCCCGCUUCUCCAUCUCUCCAGCUAGCAUCGCCAGCUUUUCGCUCACGCAUCUCACCGACUCCGACAUCGAACAAGGAGGAAGCAGCGAGGAUGGAGAAAAAGACUAAAGGCAUGGACUUGUGGAUCGUUCGUCCAUCGCUUCGAGUAACCCAGCUGUACUCGGAUACAGCACCACCACUUGCUACGGUUUGUGGAGCGCUCCUCUCAAGCCCUCCUGACCUCUAAAGCUCCCUCCGUAAGUGUGGUUUCAAUCCAGUGCAAUUCCAGUUUCGGAGAAAAACACACAAACCAGGAGUCGCUCCGAAAUCUGUUCCAUAAAGACUUUGUCAUGCACAUUCCAGAUGUGUGGCUGCUUCUUUUCCUUCAUUUCAAGACUUUUAUGAAACCAAGAAAAAAAAAAUCCUAAUAUUCCAGAUGAAUGACUUCAGCACACUGGGAUGUGAUCACUACAACCGACCGAGCAAAGUAAGCUCUUCAGCGGGAAACCGGAAGCUCCGCCUGCAGCGACUUUUACUUCACACCGUCUCGUCGUGUGACUGCAUCAGUGGUUGCCUUUUUUUUGUGCGUUAAAUCGUUCUCCUGAUCGGAGCGGAAUCCUUCUGUAGCAGUAUUUGAAUCGAUGUGUUUUGAAUGUGGAUGCCCCAUCCUGCAACAGGGUGAUUGUUCAGUCUGCAAAGGGGGACGCACUGUAUAUUCCUUUAUGUUUGAAAGGAACAUUUACUGUAAGCUGAAUUUUUUUUUUUAAUUUAGGACAUCUCAGAUCAAUGAUCAAGGUGAUCCAACUGUAAGACAGUUGUGAUGAACCUAAUAAUUUGUGUAAAGCUUUAUUAUUUUAUCUGAAAUGUGCAAGAAGCUGGUUUGAUUUUUUUUUUUUUUCCGUCUUAUCACUGGGUUUAAUGGUGCCUGUGGAUGCUGCAAAGACAGCUGCUCUCUUAUUUACUGUCACGGAUCAUGUUUAAAAAAAACAGAUAAAUUUUUUAAAUGUCUGUGUGCAAUGAAAUGUUGCCGGUGGGAGGAGCUGACGAUUGUGAGGGGGCGGGACUUCCAGCCACAUGAGAACACUACUAAACAAAAUCACUAAAAACAAAAAGGCUGCUUUUCUCGUGUUCUCCUUUUUUAGCUUGCGUUGCGAUGUUUUAUUCCUCGUGCUCAUUUGAAGAUCCUUUCUCGUCUCAUGGGUGUGGAUCUGAGCGGCCGAUGUACAGCUAUGAACUGUAGCUCAUACAGUUAUUCCCUUCAAUCACUUCUAGAUGCUCGACUCCUCUCUGCUGCCCCCUACAGGCCACCUGUAUGUUAAACACCUGUGUUGAAACCAGCAGUCUCACUUCUAUUUAAGGAAAUCUUUGGAUUCGACAGUAUACACUUGCUUAAUCUUGCACAUUUGAGAGAUGUAACUUUUAUGUUGAAAUGUUCCGAUGUAUAUAAAUGUUUGGUUUAUUCAUUUUUUUGUUGUCUGUAAAUUCUGAAAUGAUGUAACUACGUUGUAGGUUUGAGGUUUUGUUUUUGUAACUUAAAAGCGGAGGUGAAUCAGAGGGACAUAUCACAGCAGUUCAAUGAAGACAAACGUUCUGUCCUUUAAACCUGUAGAUUUUAAAUAUUUUUACUUCAUAUUGAUCAUGCUUAGUGUAAUUGAAAGAAAUGUUUAUAAUUACACUGUUUAAUAUGAAAAUAAAUGCAAAUGAACUUAUA